GAGGUUACGUCAUCAGGAACGCGACAGUUUGUGGGGCGGUGGUAGUAGGAGCGCGGCGCGUGUCAGAGUUGUCCGCACGUGCCGCGGCCGGAGCCAUGAGCUGCCCCGUGACUUGCGCCGCCUGGGUGCGCAGGGGGGUCGCCAGGGGAACGCCCGACAAGGUGCGGCUCAGCGCGGAGGAGCUGAAGCGGCUCAUCGGGGAGGCCGCGGAGACGCUGCGAGAAGAAGCAGAUGGUAGUGAUGAAGAAGAACAUGGACAGGCUGCAGAAGACGACAUGGAUGUUGCUAGUGGUGAGACAGUUGAGCCUCCUCAAGAAGAUGGGGACCAGGAAGAAGACACUGAAAAGCUGAAUGAUGAUGAGCUGGCAGAGUAUGGUUUGGAUAAAUAUGAUGAAGAGGAGAAUACAGAUGCUGUGAGCCUUGGAGACACCUUAGCCGGUCUUACAGUGUAUGGGAGUAACGAACGUGAUCCUUAUGUCACUAUUAAAAAUACUGAGCAAUAUGAACAGGAAGAUUUUUUGAUUAAGCCCAGUGACAAUCUGAUCAUUUGUGGAAGAGUUGAUAAGGACCACUGCAGUCUGGAGGUUCACAGUGAGUAAACAAUAUUUGGUCAUAAAAGCAGGCCUAGAAAAUACUCUGCUUAUCCACUGGCAUUUGGUUUUCUUUCUGCAGGAAAUUAUGUUGCAGUGGGUAACAUGACCCCUGUUAUUGAGAUCUGGGACCUUGAUAUAGUGGAUUCUCUAGAGCCAGUCUUUUCCCUUGGAAGUAAAAAAGAAAAGAAGAAGAAGAAAAAGGGAAAGAAGAAUUCAUCUACAGAAGGGAAUCAGGAUGGGCAUACUGAUGCAGUUCUUGACCUUUCAUGGAAUAAGCAAAACAGAAAUGUGUUAGCAAGUGCUUCAGCUGACAACACUGUAAUUCUGUGGGAUAUGUCUGUGGGUAAACCGGCAGCGAACCUUACUUUACAUAUGGACAAGGUCCAGACACUACAAUUUCAUCCAUUUGAAACACAGACCCUUGUUUCUGGAUCUUACGAUAAGUCUGCUGUUCUGUAUGACUGUAGAAGUCCACAGGAUAAUCAUCGAAUCUGGCGGUUUAGUGGACAGGUUGAGAGAGUGACUUGGAAUCAUUUUUCACCUUGUAACUUCUUAGCUAGCACAGAAGAUGGCUUUGUGUACUGUCUAGAUGCUCGUUCCGAUAAGCCACUUUUUACUCUGAAGGCUCAUAAUGAGGAAGUAUCUGGACUCCAAUUAAGCAGUCAGAUCAAAGGGUGCCUUGUGACAUCAUCUUCUGACAAAUAUGUAAAAAUUUGGGAUAUACUGGGGGACAAACCAAGUCUGAUCCAUUCCAGGGAUAUGAAAAUGGGUGUUCUCUUCUGUGCAGCUUGUUGCCCUGAUUUGCCAUUUGUCUAUGCCUUUGGAGGGGAGAGAGAAGGGCUUCGAGUCUGGGAUAUAAGCAGUAUUUCUGCAGUGAAUGAAGUUUUUGGAAGCAGAGAGAGGUUGGUACCUGCCAAUACAAACUCUGCAACUAGCAGCUCCUUUGCCAGCAGUAGCAGCAAAAGUCCAUAAGCAGAAAUGGAAUCAUGACAGAUCAAACCUCACAUAGAUGGUAUAUAAAUGCAAAACAUCAAUCCAGAGUAUACUUUGGGACUACAGUUAAUGUGUACUCUGCACCCACUGGUUUGGAAAUGUUUAUGGAAGUGUAUCAAGUUUACUGCAAUCUGCAGCUUUUUUUCAUCUUGUGGGAGGAAAACAUGGUCUUGUGGUUAAGGCACAGGAUUCAGAAGUUAUGGUUCCUGCCUCUCACUGACUUGGAAAAGUUAAGUGACAUGCCUGCACCUUGCUUUACCUUGCACUGAAAUGGGGAUAGCACAUCACAUUUUGUUUGUAAACUUCACUUGUAAAGUGAUAUAUCUUUGGCAGGAAAGCACUGUGCUGCUGUAGAGUGUAUAUAAAGGAUUGGAAUGAAUGGAUUUCUUUUUAGUUGCAAAUGAAAACUACUUCAACUGAAAAUUGCCAUAGUACUUAAGUCAAGGGCUGAACAAAAACUCUUUUAGUGUAAGUAGUCAAACAAUGCUUAAGUUCCCCCAGAGUAAGCUGAGGAUUAACUGUUUAACAAAUGUCCAGUAUCGCUUUUGAAAGAUUAACAUCUUACUUUAAAUCUCUUAGAACAGUGUUUUUCAACUGGUGGAUGGCAACCACUAGGGGGAGGGAGGUGAAAGGCAAUUGGGGGCCGUUAAGCAUUAUAAAACUACCAUACAAUCUAAAGCAAAGAAAAUCUCACUCCCUGUACACCUUUACCCUUCAACGUCAACUGUUCUGUAAGCUUCUCAAUACACACAAAUGAGACAGGUUUAUUGUUGUGAUAUUGAUACAUUUUUCCCCCCUCUUUCCUAGUAAAUGGAAGGGGGUUGUAGAAAUCUUUGGCUGUGAAUAAUAGGUCACCAACCUGAAAUAGUCUUAGAAUAUGAAAUAGGCCAGAGAUGCAUCUUAAACCAGCCACAGGCCAUGGCCAUUACACAAAGUUUGGGAUAUUCUUUAAAUACAGUAUCUUAGUCUACUAAGAGAUUUAAACACCUGCAGCUAUCACCCAUUCUUAUUAAACUGGAGGGAACACAGAGAGGUCUUUUAAACAGUCUAAUUAGGUUUACCUAAUUAUGGAAUGGGUUAGGAUAGCAGUAGCUAAUGGAUAUGAAGUGUGCAUAAUGGAAAGCUGUACCUGUCGUGUACUUAAUUUUUAAACAACACUGUUUCAGUGUGUCCUAUUUUAAAAUAAGAAAGACACAACAAAGUAAAUCCUGCCAGGAUAAAGAUAAAAAGAGGGGGGGUUGUACUUAGCCCAGUGCUGGUUGCCUGUGGUGGAGGACUUGCUGUCCUGUCCCAAACUCUAGCUUGCUGAUUAAAGCAGGAACUCUGAAAACAUUUCAGGUUUGUCUGUUCUUGCCAUAGCUUCCUCUCUUGCCUUCAACCUACGUGCUUUAGUAGUUCUUCUUGUGCACUGCAGAGGAGUGCAGAUCACUGGGUUUUUUCCCCCAAGUAAUCUAUCCCUAACCUAUAAUCUUGACUCCAGCCGCCUUCUUAAAAUAUCCUUCUGUCAGUUAGGUUUAGUUGCCAAUAUCUCACAGUAAAGUUUCAGCUCCUGGAAUGAUGAUCUAUGAGAAAUUCCGUUUCUAGUUCCUUUUUAAAAUGAGGCUAGACUGUGCGGUAUUUUGUUUGUUUUUUACCAAUAUACUGAGUUAUACCAGUAUACGCCCUAGUGUGGUUGUAAUUACACAAAGGUGACACGCUGCUUAUUUCCCCUUCCCAUAUGAGAAUAAUUUUGUACAUACUAGGGCAGUUGUACUACUUUAGCUUUAUCAGUAUAGAUAAAUUAUUUUAAAAAAACAAACUAGAAAACUUUUAUUAAAAUUCCUUGGGCUGGUGCCUUUUUUUUUAAUUGAUAAUGUAUAUUUGAGCCCCCAGGAGCUGUUAAAGUACUGUAUUGUCAAUUAAUACUAUCAUGUUUUUAGCUAAUUUUCUUGAAACUUUUGGAAAUGGGGGGGAAUCAAUCACUAUGUAGAAUCUGCUUUUGUGCCCCCAGAUUCAGUUAACAAGGGAUCUCCUUUUGUACAAGUAAACUUUACAUUCUGCUUUUCAAGGUAUGACAUGUAGAAGUAAUUGCUAAGUGCCUGUUUUCAAAAUCUUUAUGCUUAUGCAUGGUCUGUCUUUCACGUAAUGGAGUUCUUGCUAAUUGUGUGCUCCUUUAGUGGCUGAGAUGCAAAUUAUGUUAUUUCUCUAAAGCAGUUGCGCCUGCUGUAAAAAAACACCGUGACUUUUUUCAGAAGCGAA